AUGGCUGGGAGGAAUGAUGCUGCGAUUGCUGCUGCUUUGGAGGCGAUGGCUCAAGCUAUGGAACAUCAGCCGAAUGGUGGACCGAAUGGUGAGUUUUCCAAGUGCAUUAAGUUUGAGAACGAUUUGCGUCCGGAAAUCAAGAAGGCGGUUAGUUAUCAGAAGAUUCGUAUCUUCCCUGAUUUGGUGGAUAGUUGUCGUAUUUAUGAGGAAGACAACAAUGCUCAUUAUCGUGUGAUUAAUGAGAAGAGGAGUAAGAGUCAACAAGGCCGUGGAAAGUCUUAUGAAGCUUCAAGUGGAAAGGGGAAGCAUAAAGUUAGUGAUGGCAAGAGGACUAGUGGGGGAAACGCUCCUGCUGGUAUUGUGUGCUUCAAAUGUGGCAAGGUUGGUCACAAAAGCACGUUGUGUAACAUUGAUGCUAGAAGAUGCUACCAUUGUGGGAAGUUUGGUCAUGCGUCGUCUGAAUGUACGAAUAAGGAUAUGGUGUGUUUCAACCGUGGUGAAGAAGGACAUAUUGGAAGCAAGUGUCUGAAGCCCAAGAAAGAGUAA